UUCCUUUCAGUAAUGAUUAAGUUACGAUGUGCUCCAGUUACCGUCACAUGAAGACAGGAUAGAUCUUUCCUGUUAUAUGUCAAAGUCCUAUAGUUCAUUGUCCAAGCCCCACCUAAGAUUCCCAACAGAUCAUUUUGUCUCUACGUUUCUCAGUUUGUACAGAAAACUGAGCAAAGUCAUGAUUAUGGUAAUCCUGUUUAAAAUUGUUGUCCCAGCUCUCUAUCUCCCCAGCACAAGACAGUGCUCAUGAAGAGAACAGGUUCCCUGCAAGGGAGACCAGCUUGGUUAUUUGGACAUAACCAUUGGUUGAAAUAUUUAAUCCAACAAUCCUAAACUUUGUACGACCGCUGAAAUGGGUGUAAUCAACUCAAAAGCCUCUGAAGUAAAAUUUAACUUCAAUGACAUGGGACCAGUUCCCUGAUCCUGCUGUUGUAUAACGUGAGCACUUGGCUCCUUUGGCAGGUACCUGCCAGGGAGCACCAGGCUCUCCCAUCGAGAUGGCUGCCUCCUUCUCCAGCCUGGUUCAGUUCCGGGGAUUAUAUCAAAUGAUCUUAGUGCUGGGAAUUGGUGGUAGCUUCCCAUAUGGAUUCCACAUUUCUGUAAUCAACUAUCCUUCUGUGCACAUCAGGAAGUUUAUUAACGAAACGUGGAUCGAGAGACACGGCUCCCCCCUCCAUCCCGAGACAAUCAUGCUGCUGUGGUCCUUCAUUGUGUCUGUUUAUGGGAUAGGAGGGUUCCUGGGAUCCCUCUUCUGUACCUACGUGACUACAAAAUACAGGAAAAAAAAGUGCCAAAUAUUCACCAACCUGAUCAUGCUGGCAGCUGCACUUUUCAUGGCCUUCAGUAAAACAGCCAAAUCCUUUGAGAUGAUUCUGGUUGGGCGCCUUCUCUACGGCAUUGGUUCAGGUUUUUCUAUGAAUAUCCAUCCUCAGUAUGUAGGAGAGAUUUCACCCAAGAAGCUGCGUGGAUUUGCCAACUCCACCGUUUCUGUUUUUCUGACCCUGGGAAAACUCACAGGACAGGUCAUUGGACUACGGGAGAUUUUAGGAAGCGAAGCUUUGUGGCCAUGGUUGUUAGCAUCUAGUGGACUUUCAGCAUUGGUUCAACUGGUUACCCUCCCAUUUUUCCCCGAUUCACCAUCCUACCUCCUGAUACAGAAGGGUAAUGAGGAAGCCUGCAGGAAAGCCAUCAGGAAGCUCUGGGGGGAAGGAGACCACCAAGCAGAAAUCGAUGACAUUAUGAAGGAGAAGGGUGCAAUGGGGAGCACGAAAACCUUGCGUGUCCUCGAGGUGAUCCAAGAGCGAUCUUUGCGCUGGCAGCUUUACUUCAUGAUGACUGUUAUGACCACCCUGCAGCUCUGUGGAAUCAAUGCAAUAUACUUCUACUCUUUUGAAGUGUUCCACACAGCCAAGUUUGAAGAAUACCUUAUCCCAUAUGCAUCCCUGGGAAUUGGGUUGUGUGAAUGCUUAUCCUCUAUACUGUGUAGCACCCUCAUAGACCGGUUUGGGAGGAAGGUGCUGCUUUGGAGAGGAUACACACUGAUGUGUUCUGUGCUAGCACUGCUUACCAUGACCCUGUCCCUGCAGCAUCGUUUUUUCUGGAUGCAUUACUUCAGCAUUAUCCUGAUCUUCCUCUUCGUUGUCUUCUAUGGAAGUGGACCAUCUGGAGCCUCUGUAGCUGUCAUGGUUGAAAUCUUCAGCCAGUCAUACAGACCAUCAGCCUUUCUGAUUGUUGGCUGUAUCAACUGGAUGGGACUGUUCAUACUUGGGAUGAUUUUUCCACUGCUUGUUGAUAACCUUGGACCCUUCUGCUUCCUCAUCUUUUUGGCAAUUCUUGCUUUAUCAGCAAUUUUCAUUUACCUGUAUCUUCCUGAGACCAAGGGAAAGUCAAUCAUGGAAAUAAAAGCAGAGUUCAACAAACUAAACUUUGGGAAAAAAGAAACCUCCUUCACUGAAAAUAACUUUCCUAAGGAACAGUUGGCUUGCACGAAGCUCUGAGUGUUCAGAGGAGAAAUUUGCAUCUCUUAGAAAAGACAGGAAACAAUGUUGCAAUAGAACUAAAAAGGAAACAUUAAAACCAGACUGCAAGAUCUUCUGUCUCAUUUAUUUUUUCUUUUCCCUUUUCCUUUUCUUUUCCUUUUUUUUUUUUUUUUAAUAGCUAUGAAACUCAUCAUGCCAGAGUUCUAUUUCCGGAUGAUAUCUAAAUGUUUUCGCUGGAAAUUUCCCCACUCAGUUUCAAGACAUACAGGUUUUUUUCACAUUAAAAACCCUUUUAUGGUAGUGCAUCUUAAGAAUUUUUAAAACAUUCUGUUAACAGUCCACAGGGCCCAAAGAAGAACAUACACAGAGGUUCUACUCACAGUCCUGGACCCACAGCCCUGGGCCUCAGUUGGUGUCCCCUGUUCCCAGGGUCCUGCCCAGUGCCACAGGUACCUGAGCAGUCUGUUAUUGGCCUUUCCUAAAGGAGACCUCACUAGCAGGAAGUACCUCAUAACCAGGAACCUGCUGGAAAACAGCUCAGAGAAGAGUGUCAGAAAUGUGAAAGACUAAGUAAAAUAAUUUAAGAGGACAAACCGAGAGAAAGAAGGAUUAAGAAGGCUAAAUGUCAUGAGGAUGGGGAAACACAGAAGUCUGAAGUACUUGACUAGCAGGCAGACAGAGGAAAAGCUAGAUAUGGCAUUUAGGGUGACCUGAGCA